AUGUCACAUGCAUUUAGGCGUGGUCAGCUUAAAGCUGCUAUUACUAAAUUUGAGACAUUUCUCAGUGGUUUCACUGACACACCAAUCAACCAAGCAAAACUCCAACAGAGAAUCAACAAUCUUAAAGAAAUAUUCAAUAUACUUCCAGAGAUUACAAUGCAUCUUGCAACAAAAGAACCUGAAGGUGGUCAUAAUACAAUAGAAGAAGAAAUGAUGGAAGAUUACAUGGAUAUUUUGGCUCAAGCAGAGCUCGAAAGAAACUUAAGCAAUCAAGAAGCAAAUCGCGAUAAUGCACAUACUCCAGCAGUAUUAGACACAAGUAAUCAUAAUUAUAAUCUAACUAAAAUGCCCAAACGAGAAUUACGUAAAUUUGACGGCAAACUGGAAGAAUGGAAAUCAUUUUAUCAAUGGUUUAAUGCUAACGUACAUGAUCGUGUUGGCAUUUCAGACAGUACUCAUAUGUCCUAUUUACAGGAUACUUUAAUUGGUGAAGCAGCAAAAACUAUAGCUGGUCUUGAAGCAACUAAUGAAAAUUAUAAAGAAGCAAUGGAACUUUUAAAGGCAACUUACAAUAAUGAAGAAGCGAUUAUCACGCGUCAUUUUGAACUACUCACAGCAAUACCCAAAUUACAAAAUAAUUCAGGCGAUGCAAUCAGACAAUUAGUGAAUGAAACGUUAGUGCAUGUGCGUGGUAUGAAAGUUCUAGGUGAACCGACCGAUAAAUGGGACGUGCCAUUACUAUUUCACACUAUCUCAAAAUUAGAUAGUUCAACUAAACGAGAGUGGUAUCGCAGAAAAAACAAUAAUAAGAAACGCACCUUUAAUGAGUUAAUUGAAUUUCUCCGAGAAGAGGCGAUGAAAUCACAAACCAACCUAAACAAAGACAAUAAAGCAGUAUCAAACCCAAGUAAACCAAUAACCAACAAUCCAGAUAAAACUACACAACAAAAACAAAAACAAGUAUUCACAAUGAUGAUUUUUAAAAAUUGUCCAAUUUGCAAACAAGAUGGACACGCAACAUACAGGUGUGAUAAGUUACUUAAUUUAUCUGUACCACAACGGAUCAAUGCCGUUAAAAAUGCUAAUCUAUGCUUCAACUGUCUUCGAAACAAUCAUAAAACUAAUGAUUGUAAUAAAGCUAAUUGUUUUAAGUGUGGUAAGGUCCAUCACACGUUACUACAUCUACAUAAACCAGAAACCAAGGAAGACGAAAGGAACGAUUGA